AUUUUUUAUUUCCAUCAGGAAGUUACCAAUAUGUAGGAGUUCUCAAAAUGGCGUCACAAAUAAUGUUUUCCACUUUAACUUUAUUUAUUUUUAUAAAUCGUUAUGCGAUGGCUCAGAAAUUUACAAAUCUCGAACCUACUUUUCAAGAGAGGGCUGUGCUGCAACAUAGGACUGACUCCUUGACUAUUCUUAUGUUGCUAGGAUUAUUAUUACUUACAAUUUUGACUGUUUGGUUAUUUAAACACAGACGUUUUCGAUUUGUUCACGAGACAGGCUUAUCAAUGAUUUAUGGUUUGAUAGUUGGCGCUAUCAUUCGCUACACUAGUGAUGCUAAACAUAUACCUACAGCUCCUGCUGCCCUUCAGGGAAAUCAUUCCUACACUUCCCUCAAUCCACCUGAUUACAUUUCAAUCAUUCUCAAUCGUACAAACAGUAGUGAUACCCAAUCAGAUAGGAUCAUCUAUGCUUUUAAAGGUGCUAUUGCAGCAUUGGAAGAGCCCCCACUUGAAAGAGCUGUAACAUUUUCUCCAGAGUUAUUUUUCAAUGUGAUGCUUCCUGUUAUAAUAUUCAAUGCUGGAUACAGUAUGAAGAGGAAACACUUCUUUAAAAAUCUGGGUGCCAUCCUUUCAUAUGCUCUGAUUGGGACAACAAUUUCUGCCUUGGUAGUAGGUGCCAUAAUGUGGGGUUUGACAAGGGUGAUGUAUGACAUCACUAUAACUCUGAAUGAAUGUUUUAUAUUUGGAGCUUAUCUUUCUGCUACGGACCCAGUAACAAUCCUGGCAUUGUUCAAUGACCUGCAUGUUGAUGUGGACCUCUAUGCCCUGGUCUUUGGAGAGAGUGUGCUCAAUGAUGCUGUGGCCAUUGUUUUGUCAGAGUCAGUUGAGACCUAUGGUGAGUACUCAUCAGAUGCCUUCAGUCUGGAAGCAUUCUUUAGUGCUUUAGGGAAAUUUGCUGGUGUUAUGGCUGGAGCUUUUGCCAUUGGGACAUUUAUGGGAAUCAUAACAGCUUUUCUAACAAAAUUUACAAAAAUACGAGAUUUUCCUCUUUUAGAGACAGCACUUUUCUUUUUGAUGUCUUACAGUACAUUUCAGGCGGCAGAAGCAGCAGACUUGACAGGUAUCGUUGCUGUUUUAUUUUGUGGUAUCACGCAGGCACACUACACAUACAACAAUUUGUCUAUAGAGUCCAAAUACAGAACAAAACAACUUUUUGAACUGAUGAACUUCUUGUCAGAAAACUUUGUGUUCCUAUACAUUGGUGUGUCCAUCUUCACAUUUGAGCCCAACAAGUGGCAUGCUGGAUUCAUUUUUGCAACAUUUUUUGCUGUGAUUGUUGCCAGGUUUUUAAAUAUUUAUCCAUUGUCUUUCCUGCUAAAUUUGGGUCGAAGUAACAAAAUUCGGCCAAACUUUCAACACAUGAUGAUGUUUUCAGGCUUGAGGGGUGCCAUGGCCUUUGCUUUAGCCAUAAGAGAAACGGACUCUGAGGGGAAGCAACUCAUGGCAUCUGCUACCAUGAUAAUAGUAUUAUCAACUGUGAUAUUAUGUGGGGGUUUUACCACCCCCAUGCUUCAAUGGCUCCAGAUAAGAGUUGGUGUGGAUGAAACAGACACAGAAAUGCAUCACAUGGCUGGAGAGUCAGUCAGGAAUCUCACCCCAGAUAUGGUGGCUAUCCACACACAGCGGUUAUAUAGCACCAUGGCAAAUCCAUCUUCCUCCAUCAGCCAGUUGUCAACUCCUGGUACCCGCACUGAUUGUUCCAUGCCCGGGUUUGCAUUCCCAUAUAGUGGCAGUCCUUUAGAUCGUAGCAGGACAUCCUCACUUCAAAAAUGUUAUGCAUCAGUAACCCUUAAUUCUCAGAGUUCUCCAUUACUAGCCCAGCAACCUUCCAACACAACCCCUAUAGGACUUCCGUCUGCCAAUUCACCCAGAGUGACAGAGAAAGCCUGGCUAGUUGCCAGAUGGUACAAUUUUGAUAUGAGAUUUAUGAAGCCUUUGCUGACUAAUUGUCGACCUACCUUGAUGGAGACCUUGCCUAACUGUUGUCUCCCCUUUGCUAAGUUAUUUACAACAGAAGAACAGAUUUCUCAAGGAGAAAUCCACAUUGAUGAUGACUCUGAGAUAGACAUGAUCAUUGGUACAGGAAAUACUUUCCAAGAAGAGGAUUAUGAUGCAAGAACUGAAUCUGGUGGUCAGGGAGACACCAACCAUCCUUCUUCUCAUCAUGUGACCACAACACACAGAGUGGGCAAAGAGCCAUUGCAGAUGGAGGAAAUGGUAUUGGAUGAUGGCGACGAUAGGCCUAUCACUCCAUGAGUGAUUUCAUUGCAUUCCUUUUUGUUUUUUUGACCAUUGAAGAUCCUCACAUUGGCGACCUUGGACUAGGCUUGACCAACCAGCUCAACACCAUUCCUAUGAGAGUCAACUUGCCGGGGCCAAAAGGGGACAGGGUGUAGCUAUGACUCCUGACAGUUCAGCAUCAUCGGUCUUCCCGUCCUUCGUCUUGACUUCUCCAGGAUCUGAUAGUGGGUGGUGUCAGCCUACUUAACUUAUCACUGCCUAGCGUGCUGAUUGACUCUAUUAUUUUCAUACACUGGCUACUUGGUCAUAAGUUUAUUUGACAAGACUGGAUUUAAUGAGAUGCCAAUGUCAACUUUUUCCUUUAGUUAGUUUUGUAGUCGUUUUGUGCAUGUUUAAAACAAGUAGGACUUUAUUUUGACAGCUUUUAAUUCUUUGUAAGGUAAUAUACUGAAGGAUAUACAGACAUGUAGCUUUUACUUUUGUAAAUUUAUACUCAUUUUAUAGCUGUUAUUAUUUAUAGUCGUUCAAUUAUUUUCUUGAAAUUUAUAAAUUUGUCAUCAGGGAUAAAAUGACAACUACCAGACAACAACAUUUCUGGCAACAUAUGCAAAAUUAUUUGUAAAUAGAUGUUAAGUAUUAGAAGUGGGUGUUUUGUUUUUUUGAAUAGGAAGUUUAAUGCAGUAGAUUGAUCAGUAAGUCAUCACUUUAGAGUUAAUUUUGAUAUUUAAACUUUAAGGGGUUUUUAGAAGUAGUUAAAACCUAGUUGAUUGUAUAGUUUACUUAAGUUGUGGGUAAAAUAACUAACUAGAAGUGUUCAGUUAGAUUAAAAAACUGUGAAUUGAUUGAUAUGUUUGUAAAAUGUUUUACAUGUUUCGGAUGUUCCUUCAGAGUUGAAGAUAGUUUACUUCCUAGUCCAAACCUCCCGCAGGACGACGGGGGAUGGGAGCGGGCAGGAUUUGAACCCUCGACCAUCGAUAAAUCCGAAUGACAGUCCAGCGCGCAAACCUCACGACCAGGCAGCCAUCCAAUAUGAUUUGUGUAACUUGACAGAAUAAUCAUGACAUCAAAUUGUCUUUUCUGCUUGGCAUUUUUUUUUUAAUUUAGAGGGAGAUAAAUGACCAGGAAUACAUUCCACUUAGCCUAGAGUUAUCUGAUGUGUUGGGGAUUGCAUUAAUCUCUAACAGUGCUCAAAUGAAGCAUGGGGCAAAUCCUAAAAAGAAGGCAGGUUUUUUAGAAGCAUAGAAGCAAGAAAAUUCUAAUGACUGUAGAUCAUUACCACAUCUGUGAUUAGUAUCUCAAUUUGUUUUUAAUCAUUUAAAGAAGAGUUUUCCCCCCUUCCUCCUCCUCUUAUCAAACUUGUCAUUUGAAGGGUCUAGAGAAGUCUGUGUAGUACGUUUCAGCAAACAAAAUACAUCUUUUGUUAGACAACUUAUUGUAAUGUAGUGUUUCUUCAAAAGUAUUUUGUAUAUUAAUGUUUGACUUGAUCAGAUAUUAAGAGUAGAAACCAACAUGGACUAGGAAAGGAAAGUUUUGUACUUUUGUUUUUACAGAAAGAUACACAAUUCAGGAGGCACUGGAAGGAUCUAUUUAUAGAAGUAUUUAGGUUGUGCUUUCACAACUGGUGAGUAGGGCAGAGGAACUGCUUUGUCAAGAUUGUAUUGUACAGGUGAUAUCUCUUUAUGUAAUAUAUUAUACUGACCAAUGAGAAGACAUUAAGUUGUUCACAAACUCGCUACCGGUACCGUAAAUAAUAAACAGUUUUAAGCAAACACAA